CCAGGCUGUGGAAAGUGCUUUGAUAUUGUUUAGGUUUUAUUUAAAUUACUUUUUAUAUACUGUAUAAAAAUAUCAUCACUGUGCAGAGUAUUGCCCGCCUUUGGAUCUGAGCCAAGAGUGUUUUUUUUCAUUUUCAUUCUCCGUUUCCUUCCACCCGCCGUAUUAGAGCAGCGUGAUCAUCAUUCAGGAAAAAUAACGAUGAGUGACACAGGUGCAAAAUCCAGCCAACCUUUAGCAGUAAAGCAGGAGAAGGACGUAACACCAAAGAGAGGACGCGGCAGACCCAGGAAGCAAACCCAAGAACCAACGGGGGCUCCUACUCCAAAGCGUUCACGAGGAAGACCACGAGGAAGUAAAAAUAAGGUUUCUCCUUCUAAAUCUGGCAGUAAAUCUGGUGGUGCUGAAGAAGGAACAAAGCCCAGAGGUAGACCUAAAAAACUGAAAGCUGAAACUACAGGAACAAAAAAGCCCAGAGGUAGACCAAGAAAAAGGGAAAAGGUAGAGCAAGAAGAAGAGCAUGCUUCUCAAGAAUCUUCAGAAGAACAAUAAAUCUGUAAGAUUUUCACUACCUCAUCCAACAGUUGGCUCCUGUCAAUACCUGGACCACAAACCCUAUCACACUGAUUUCAUUAUAGUCUUAACAGGGAACUACCAACAGCACUGGAACACUACACUACAUUUUUAAAUACAGAUCAAGGUAUUUCAAAGAAAAUGACAUUUAACGAAGGGCAGUGUAAACAAUUGAAUUCAUUAUGUCAUGUUUUGUCAUUCUGGUUAAGUUUCUAAGUAUUGGCCUUCAAAUUAAACCAGUUAAGAGGACAAUGCUAAUGAACAUUUUAGUGCCAAGAAAUAAAAUAAAACAAGCAAGGGUCUGUUCUGUUGUUGAUUAUUCGUGUAGAAAAUGUAUAUCACAUGUUGGAGGUGUUAACCCUUGGCAAACAUGAAGAUAGGUACAAUGGCUGUCAUAAUAGACAGCAGAGAGCAGCUCUUCAUGCCUGCAUUUGUAGUAGAAUCCCAGCCCAGAUGGAUUAUAGAACAGCCGUUUCCUAUAAGUCAAAAUGGCUAACACAUUCAUAGCUACAUAACCAUCCAUUUUAUACAUUUCUUUUGUGAGUCAUUUUAUUUUUGUUUUUGGCAUGGUUUAGGAUUGUGUAGAUGAACCUAUGUUAGUCUUUGAAACAGAUUAUGAAUUAUACUUUGUAGGCAUCCUUCCAGGUGGAAGAGAAUUCUUUAGGCUUUAUAUAAUAGUUAACUUUGCCUGGAGCUAAUCAUGUUUAUAUUCUAUUAUUAAUAACUUUUGCAUUAUGUAUACCAUGCUUCAUGUGACAUGCAAAUGCAUUUUAAAUAAUUUGUGAAGUUAAGAGUGACAUUUCAUUUACAUGAAUCUUAGCCCUGUUAUUCUUUCCGUAUUCCAAAUGCAUACACUGCUUUCCAUAAAAGUAAGCAGUGAGACCUUUUUUAUUCAAGGAAAGACAUUUGACUGUUUAAUCUCUGAAUUGGAGACUACAAUUUGGUUUGUUGGUAAACACAAACACGGGAGUGAAAUUAGCUAUUGACAGUGAAGGAGCAUUUUAUAACUAGGCAGAGAUUAUUUGUCCCCUGUUGUAUUGAACUUGAAUCCAGAAGCAGUUAUAGGUCAAAUGAGGUAAAAUGUUUCAUUUCAAUACGACAGUAGAAGUAUAAAGGCUCAGGAAAUCCAUAAGAUUUGGAAAUCUGUCCAUUUAAUAAGAAUUCUACUUCUGAACUAUUAUUUUAAAAUGCUACAUGGGCAAUGUUACUUUGUACAUUAAAAUUAUAGUAAUUACAUAUGCAAAAUAAUUUUUUGUCCCCUUGGAGCAUUUACACCAGCAAUUGUGCUUGUCAUCUUGUAAUUUAGCUGAGUUCACUAUGCCACUGAUCAAUAAUGUGUUUAAAUACACAAAAUUAAACUGGGAACCAUUGACCUGGUUAAAUGAAAGACUGCAAUUGCUGAAUUUAUUUGAGUCCAUUCAGUUGAUUUUGCUAAUAUAGAGAUUUAUAUUCUGGCAAUACAGAUUAAUUAUUUUUUAUUGCUAUUUGAGUAAGAGAGUAUCCUUUAGCUGGACUAUACCGACUGUAAUUAACAAAUUGCACAUAUAUAUGUACCAAUGAAUCCUUUAAAAUUCAGUGGAUACUCAAGAGGAGAGACUUUUAAGAUGCUGACAGUUAAGCCAUGUUGAAACAGGUAUCGGAUUAAGACUUGAGGGAUAAAAGUGUACUGAAAGAUAGAAAUUACACAUUUUUACUUUUGCAUGUUAAGUUCCUAGUUUAUGACAUGCUGAACUUUGAAAGUAACUAUAUAGAGACUGUUGAUAAAAUAACAUUAAUGACAUUUAGAAUAUAAUAAUUGAGGUAUUACUUGCAAAUAUAAUGCUUCAUAUGAUACCUUAUUUAGAUUGUAAUACCUCUUACCGACUGCAAACAUUUAAUCAAUAUUGCUUUACUAUAACAAACACCAAGUGCUAGAGUUAAGCUAUAAUUAUGAGUUGCAGAGGCAUUAUUUGCUUGUUUAACCAACUUAUUCAGAUAAUGCAUAAGCAUUGCUUAAAGUUAAAUUUAGAAAGGACCAAGUUAACUAGUGUUUGUUAGUCUGUUUUCUGGAUUUCAUGUUCUUGGUAAUGCUUUAAUCAUCCACAUUUUUUUAGGGAAGAGGACAUUAUAAAUUCAUGAGGAAUAAUUUUCAUUUACUAUGCUUUGAAUAUCAUUGAUUAUAAUUCUGAUGCAGAAUUGUGAGAUCUAUCAAUUCUCGAAGCAAAGCUUUGUGCCACUUGAAAAUCUGAAGCAUAACAAUUUUGACUAAAGCUCUAGUGCAAAACUGAGAGUUUGCUACACUGUCAGGGGAUACUGUCUUUUCAGUGAGCCAGUAAACUGAAGCCCAGUCACCACACUUGGCUGGAUGUUAAGAUAAUUCCAUGGCCCUAUUUUGAAGAGAAUAGGAGAGCUUUCUUCCUUCAGUUGCCCAAAACUUUCCCCCAUCAACAUCAGUGAAGCAGAUGAGGUGUGAUUGUGGGAUCUGACUGUGUACAAAUUGACAGCUGAGUUUCCUGUAUUAUGAUAAUUGAUCACCUGUAAAGUUCAUUUACAAUGUGACAUAUUGAAAAGCAUUAUUAAAUGUGUAACUUCUAAUUUGGAAUAGCACCCAUAUGAUGACUGAAUCAUUAUACAGAUAAAUUCACUGGUUUUGCAGUUUCAUUAACAGACUAUUUAAUAUCCUGCCAUUUUAAUUUGCAUCUAAUAUUAGAUGUUAUUGAAACUUAGAUUUAACCUGCUAGCUAAUAUGGACAAGAUAAACGUUGUAUAAUAAAAGUGCUCUUUCACGGCCUCCUGUGGCUUCAGGUAUCAGAAUUUUGAGUCUAUGAAAUCCUCUUUCACAAAGUGCUCAGGCUGCUUAACUAAACAAAAUGAAUUUUAUGUUGUUUGACCAUGAACAAGUACAGAAAUCUUUUAUGCAUUGAACAAAAUGGCUGCCAAAUUAUAGUAUGCCUCUUUAAAUUGCUGUGUUUAUCCUAGAUAUUUAAUUGAAAACUGGCUUGAAGCAAAUUUUUGGAGAAAGGACAAUUAAAAGACUGUUUAAAGUUAUGGAAUACCCAGUUUAUGGAUAAGCAAAUGAAAUAUUUCUUCUUAAAUGUCAAUAGAUAUAAUGAGGCAAAACUCAAUAACGGUAAUUUGUUAAUCCAUGUUCUUAAAUAUUUCUGUUUGAAUACUGGUAAAGUACAACUUUCUUUACUACUUAUGAAUGAAUCUGCUUGUAAAGAUUUUUCAGCAGGAGUCAGUUCAUUACUCAGAUUUCACAUUAUUUUGCAGUAUUAGUACUGUGCUGAACAGAUGCAACUUUGGUUUCCGUAUUCAUAACUACCUCUUUUUAGUUUCAUAUUUUCUCGGUUGCUGCUGUACACAAAAUACAAUUCAUCUGUGCAUCUCCUUAACCACUGAUUAACUAUGGUGAAGGUUUCAGGUAUAACUCACAUUGAGAGAAAAAAAAUGUAAAGAUUUGAGUUUGCUGCUUAUUACAUUACAAAAAAAAAACAGUAAGUUGGUAAAAAGGAAAGAAAGGGGAUUUGCAUUGUAAAUGUUACAGUUAUUUAAGAAAAUGUUCAAGAUAUGAAUUUGCAAUCUACUUGAAAGACUCUGAAGCCACAGAAGAUUGUCACAAGACAUGUUGAGAGCUAUAAUGCUUGAAUGUUAUAACUGUAAAUUCAAAUUAAUAGAUUAUAAAAUGGCAUCUGUUACGAAAACAUUUAAUGGUGUACCUGUAUUGUAUCAUUCCCAAAAUAGUUAAUUUUUAUGUAAAACUGAUUGCUAGACAACUAUUCUCAUGUUAAACCCAUCCCCUUCAGUAGGCAGAUCUUGGAACCACUAAAGAUGGUAAUUUGAGCACUGUUUCACAAUAUUUAGAAUAUAUUUUAAACAUUUUUUUCUAAAUUUAAUUCUUCACUAAUAAAUUUGGAAAAAUGUUUAGAAUAUUUAUUUUAAAUUACAAAUCAUGAAUGUAAGUAGUUGUGUCUGGACUUCUUUCAUAGUGUGUAAUCUACACUUUAUAGCUGCCAACUGCUCUUUAGUAUAUCUUGAUUGAUAUGCUGCCUCUUUAAACCAGAUCUCAUUAUUCUGUUCAUAGAGGCCAUUCUUUGAUCAGACACAAUAUCGUUAUUUCAAUGCCGCAUAGUACAAGGAGAGGCACAAACCUGGAUUCCAGCCACCAUUUGGGGGUUCAGUGAUGUUAAGGAAAGGAAUACCAGACUGGAAACAGAAAAAAUACUACGUAUUGUGUAGAUUUCUUUCUGUGGACAUGAGUUCUUGUAAUCUACCCUAUGUCCAUGCCAUUUUACCAUAUCCUUAAUAGAAAGAGUACAUCAUCUUGGUAAUUGUCAAUGAACACAAACCCAAUUCCCACAUUGAUGGGAAAAUACUUGCAUUGUUUUGUAUCCAUGUGCAUUGCUGUGAUACAAUGCAUACAACCCAUAUAAGGUAAAUAGAACACUGAUGCAUUAAGACUGUAGCAGUGGAGGAAAAUGUUUUUGUGCAAUCUUUGGAAGUAAAUUGCAAAUGUGUUUAUACAGACUUUUAUAAUUUUGUUGCACCAAACAUUAAGAGACUAAUUCCCCUUCCUUCCAACACUGCCAAACCAAUGAGUUCAGUACCAAGAUAUACAAUCUCUGUUCUGGUGGGUACCUGGAUUAUACUGUGGCGUCAGUGAUCCUACAUGUGUUUUAUACUGCAAGGAACUGGACUGACAGAUAUCAGAUAUGUUUUACAAUUUUACCAACUCACUGUUUAAAAGUUGAAAUUCAUGGUGUUAGCUGUUUUACAAAUUGGUGGAUAUUUGAAUACAAGUGAAGAGCUGAUUACUGUAUUGAAAUAAAGCAAAGAUGUUAACGAGACUUCAGAAAAGAAAAACACUUGUUAUGCAAAGGAGAUAAAGCACAGAUUUGGAUUGUACCUCAGUUAAAUAAAAAUCCUGGUUAUGUUCAAGGCAAAUCACAGAAUGCCUACCUCAGGACAAAUGUUGGUGAACCUGCUGACUUAAUACAUGCAUAGUAUAGAAAGUUUUACUGAAAUCUCAUAUUUGCUAAACGAUGUAAAGAGACAAUGUUGUGGAAACAUUUUAUAUUCAUGAUAGAAACUUGAAGCAGUGAUUGUGAAAAAUCUAAAUAAAUGUGUGUGAUUAAGGGCACAACAGUUAUACAAUGUUAUAGUUUAAUAUUUUCCCAUCAGAAGUGUUUUGCAUUCCAGUCAUUUUUUAAAAAUCUAAUCUCUUGGCACUGUGGGAGUUUGGUACAGUACUUUAACAUGUUUACUGAUCAAUAAAAUGUGGCAGAUGAUUUGUACAUGAAUGCCUUAGUUGUGUUUAAUUGCUUACAUUGAUAUUUUAUUUUUUGAAUGAUGUUUGGUGCAACAAUAAAAACAAUGAUUAUUCA